GUUUGACUAUCGCGUAAAUGUGUAUCGGUUGGUGAGUUUUACAAUUCAGUAGUAAACUUAAACUGUGUAUUUCAAGGGAGUUGUGGACUGUGUGAUUCGAGCGCUAAAGGUUCGGAAUAAAACACUCCUAAAGCAAGAACUAUUGGUUACAGAAAGUGGGGCGUUUCAAAUUAAGAUGCCAGAGGCGACAGAACCCAUGUUAGGAAAUACAAAUGGAGAAACUAUUGAAAUGCAACCGAUUGAACCAUCUAGAACAGACGAAAGUCAUGCCGGAGAUUCUAAUUGCAUUUUAGAUUGUUUGAAGCGAAAGAAAGUAGAUAUAAAACAACUGAAGGAGAUGGUCAAGUUACCUGAUGCUGAUUUGAAUUUCAACAACAAUAAAGAUAAGAAAACGGCACUGCAUUGGGCAGCCGAGAAAGGACACAGGAUUGCUGUCAGUGUAUUGCUCGAAGCUGGAGCUUAUAUUAAAAGAGAUAUUGAGGGAAAUACGGCACUACAUUAUGCAGUACAAAGACAAUCCUUUGCUGUAUUUAAACUACUUCUUCCGCCACGGGAGACACUUGAAACACGAUAUGGCCAAGAGUUACAAUAUUCAACCGCAAAAGGAAAUACCCAAACGAAGUCUGAUUGCUACAUAGAUAUUGCUACAUCAGUAAACGUGGAAGGCUUCAAUGUUUUAGAUCUUGCUUUAGAAGACCUGAAGGACGAGAGAAAGAAAAUUGUUCGGUAUUUAGUCCGGGAAACAGAUCUCGACUGCUUGCAGAGACUGCUUCGGAACAAUUCUAAAGGGAAUUUUAGUUCACCUUUUAGAGGACUUAUUAAGAAGAUGCCAGAGCUUGCAAAGGAGGUAAUGGACAAAUGUAUAACACCCGGACAGAAUGAGAUGAAAAUUUUCAAUUAUGAAUUCUUGGACGACACUUAUUUUCUGAAUGAUUGGUCACCAGUCAACCAUAAUGAUUACUCGACAACCUUGGAGCACCGUAAGCACAAAGAUAUCGGGACAUGUGUAGAAUACACAAAUAGUAUAAAGAAGAUGAAAAACAACCACCCACUCAAGCUUAUGAUAAAUAACAGAAUAGAAGAAAAAACAAGAGAUGGAAUUUACCAACAACUUUUGGAUCAUCCCCUUGUAAAAGCCCUAGUGAGGCGUAAAUGGAAUCAUAUUGGUGUUAAAUUCCAUAUUCUGAAUUUGGUUUGGUAUUUGAUCUAUCUGGCAGUUUUGACUCUGUGUGUGAGUACCACUGUUCCGCCAUAUGUACAUUCUCUACGUCCAAUCAGUCCAUUUACUUACCGGAACACUACUGCCUGCCAGGUCGUCACAUCUUGCGAGGAAGAAACCACAUGUAAGUCCGGAAACACGUGCAAAAACACAACUAUAUGCCAAAACACAACUACGUGCUUGAAUAAAACCACUGCAGAAUGUCAUUCCCUUGAAAGUAACCACAAGCCAAUGAUUGUAUAUAUGCAAUACUUUGUCAUAGUCUUGUCCAUCAUCAUGAUAAUAAAAGAGGUUUACCAGAUGGUCAGAAUGUACGGACGUGAGUACUUCAAACAAAUAGAAAACUACGUGGAAUUAGCAGUUUACAUAUCGUCUGUCUUGUUUGUUGUAAACGUAACAGACUGCGAAAAUACAGACUACCGAACUAAUUUGCAAUGGGUGUCGGGCACAUUCUCUGUCUUCAUGGCAUGGAUUAAUUUGUUAACAUUUGCAAAGAAGUUUGAUCGUCUCGGAAUCUAUGUUAUGAUGCUGUGGUCAAUUAUUAAAACGUUACUGUUGAACUUGUUUCCUUUCGUCGCCGCCUUACUUAUGGCCUUUGCGUUAGCGUUCACAUGUGUGCAUCAAAGUCAGGAGCAAUUUGCAAAUGUUGGUCAUUCAUUACUGACGACAACGUAUUUGAUGAUAAACGGAUUUGAUUAUGAGGAGUUUCUGCGUUUGGUCGAAAACCACGAUACAGCUUUUGUCAGUUACAUAAUUUACAGUCUAUUUCAAAUUAUCAUGGCGAUUGCAAUCAUAAAUCUGACGGUCGGUGUAGCAGUGGAAAAUGUUCAGGAGAUACGCAAAUAUGCAAGUGAUGUGAACACUGUUCUACAGAUUGAGUACACCUUGGAAUUUGAAGGAAUGGUAUGCUUUAUCAUUUCAAAACUGAGAAAUUCCAAACUGAGACAUCAUUUCGACUUCAAAAAAUUCAAUAAAUGGUUUAUUCUCAAAGAAGAAACAAUCCAGCCCCAUCAACUUAAUUCGAUACGAAUCCCAAUGCAACAAAUUACGGAUCUGAUAGAUAGGAACAAGGCAAAAGACGAACGAGACGGUCUUGAGAUGAAAAUGACUAAAAAAAUGAACAAAAUUAAGAAACAAUUGAUUGAAAUGAAUUCUACACUUAAAACGAAACUGACUGAACUGAAUUCUACAAUCACAGGUACAAACAAAAGAAUGAACACAUUUGGGACGAGACUAAUUGAACUGAAUUCUACAAUCACAGGUACAAAAAAAAGAAUGAACACACUUGAGACAAAAAUGACUGGGUUAUAUAAUAAAAGAUGAACUUCAGAGAAUUAAUGAAAUGCGUAAGUUUCAAAGCAAAGUGAUGAGCUACACAAACAAAUAAAAGAAGACCUUUUGUUUGUUUUGGUGUAGGAUCGAAAUAUCUAUCAAUUAAUUUAUUUUAACGGUUGGCGCAGCCACGAGAUAAAGUAUACGAUGGUUUAACGAGUGAAAGUUAUUUUUCAUUAUUGUAUUUAAAAGUAGUUCUGCAUGUUUGGAUCGAAAUUAUUUCUACAAUGUAGAAUUUGAUUGAACUAUUCAAAACCUUCAGAAUUUACCUAGAAAAUUAAGACCCAGUCAUUUUUUUUUUCUAGAAAAUUAAGCAAAUAAAAAAAGAUAGGGUUAUGAGCUUGAUUUUUUGCUGCACUGAUUUGGAAUAUAGUGACCUCACGAAAUAUUUCAUAAUGUAGGUCUAUGGGAAAAUCAUAAUUUUCAUAACAUUUUCUCGAAUAGAAAAUUUUCUCCAAUGUAGAUUUUGAUGAAAUUUCUCCCAGUUGUAAGUAAAGGCAUGGCCUUUAAUUUGAUGAAAUAAAAUGUAUAGGUCCAUGUGCUAAAGUUUGAUAUCUUUGACCAUGAUUAAAGUAAACCGGACAUUUCGCGCUAAUUUUAAGACAUUAUUUUGAACUAUUUAACAUGUGAUAUGUUUUGUUAUCAUAUUUUGACUUUAGAAAUAUGGCAACAGUGUCAUUGUAAUAAAUUUACUCGCAGGUUGCGAUUAUUUCAUAAAAUAUUUCCAUUUCCGCACGCCGAAUCCAGUCUUUAUUCUACGUUUUCCGGAAAAAUGACAUUACGCCAUCGCUUCCGGUUUAUCAAACGUGCAGAACUACCUGUACCUUGAACAAAGACGUUUUCCUCUUUAUAUAAUGUACUUCCAAUAAUUGUUACCACACUUUACACUCACAUCGUCUCGUGAAUUGCGUCAUGACAUCAAAAUGUCGUGACGUCACGGUAUUUAAAUUGAUAAUGUUAAAUAGCUAUGAUAUGUCUAGUGCUUUGGAACAGUGUAAAUAGUAAUUUGUUUCAGUGAUAUAUUCCAUACAUAUUAUUAAGAUAAAUAGCGAAUCGCAAUUCGAUAAAAAGUUUUAAAUGUCUCGUAUGAGAUAAUCAUGACAAAUAGUUUCCCUACAAGAGGUUUAAACGUUUUAUGAGAAAAUGUUUCAAAAGCCACACACGAGCCACCCACGAAUAAACGCAGUGGCGAAAUAAUACAAUAAAAGUGAAGAUUUAUAUUAUUUAAAAAUUAAAGGAUAUAUUGAUAAAAGUACUACUGUUUAAUACUGGAUGUGCAAUCUUUUUGAACGAAUAACAACGUAUUAAAUUAUCAAAACCGUAACUCAUUAAUAUGUAAGUUUAUGUGUACGAUUUAACUAAAUACAUUUCGUUUUUUGUUCUUGUUUUUUGUUUGUAGUUGUUUUUUUUUUUUUUUUUUUUUUUCAUCAGAUUUUACGUUGUUAUUUUUAUUCAGAAUGACGAGCAAUAUAAAUACUUUUUAAAUUUUUAAACAAGAAUAACAGAAAUCUGGAGGCGUGCCCAGAAGACCGCAUCACGCCCAAUUCGAAUAACGAUUUCCUGGGAUGGGGGACUGUUUACGUCCCGGUUUUAGCAGAAGAUAACGCUUCACUGAUAACGUAUCCUGGGAGCUUUACACGGGGAACGUAACUAAUUCCGUAUAAACCUUCGCCGAUUGAAUAAGAACAGAUCAUCUACUUAGCAAAUAUACACCAAAUUAAGGUUGGACUUUUCGACGUUGAAAAUGACAAUGCAUGACAUACGAAAUCAAUAUUUUUAGCCAAGCAACAUAAGGAUAAAACUGAUGAUGCUGAAUAGUAAUAACAUGUAAGACAAUGAUGAUAAGAAUUAUUAUGAUGGUAUUUUGUUUGAGUUUAUUGCCAAGAUGUUCACCAUGAUAUAGUUUGUGUGCUUUAUACGGACUUUGAACAACUAGCUCAAAAUAAUUUGUACUUGCUUCCAGGGAUUUUAUGCAUUAGCGAGGUUAAGAGGGUUUGUACCAUGAUUUUCGAUUUUGUUGUAUGUGUGAUCAUCAUAUUGUAUAUAAAAGUGCAUUUGAACACUUCAUAUGCCCAUAUCUAAUUGGGUUUGAAACAAAACAGUGUUAGGAUAUUGAACAACAGACUAGUUUCCGUUUGAUCAUUGAAUAAUAUUUAGAUGAUACCUUUUUUCCAUAUGUAUGUUAUAUAAAUAUAUUGUAACAUGUAUAUACCCUGAAAUCCCGAAAAUAAGCCGCGACUUAUUUUAAAUUUUCGUAAGGAUUUAGUGGCUUAUUAUCGAUACCGGCUUUUUUUUAGUCCGCCGAACGUUUGAGUACAUACAUUCAGUAACGGUUUAAAAACCGGCGUAUUUUCGAGUACCGAAAGAUUGAAGAUUUCAUAUAAUUUGCUUUUUUAGUCAAAACAUCGGCGUCGAUAAAUACUAAUACUUCGGACAUACCAGUUUGUUACAAUUUCUCACAAUUUCUUAAUGAAAAUUUUCAAAUUUUGCUAACAGAUAAUUACCCAUUAAAUAGUUUUGUCCGGCCUAACAAACAAAUACACCUAUUUAAUCGACCAACGGGUAUGAAUAACUUACACAAUAAGUAAUAAACACUGCAUUGUGUUAUAAAAUAGAGAAAAGUAGAAACUUCACAGAUCGCCCAACUCGACAAAAACGAAAAUGUUGCAGGCUCGGUUUGAUUGGGCCUGUUCGUGGACGGUAGUGGAAAUGCAUGCUACCGUCCACGCCCUCUAGCCCCGGGUUGAGCAGAACUCAACAUUCACAUGUACAUGCUAAAAGUACAAUAAACAAUUUAGAGACAUCCGAAGAUGACUGGUCACUUUAAUUAGUAGAAUUGAAUUACUGACUUGACAAGAAAUUAUUGAGAUUUUUUUUUUUUUUUUUUUUUUUGCUUUUAAUCUUUUAAUUUGUCCAUGGUUUUAAAUAUCAACACAACUUACAUUGUUUUAGGUGUUUUUGUUCCAAAGUAUGUUUUAUUGCUAUUGCGUGUGGAAAUAAAUCUGCUAUGUACACGUUGGUAACUUUUGCUAUCUCAUAUGGUGUCCUAACAAAGUCAUUGAUAUUAUUACUGAUACAAAAAGCCUGUACGGCUUAUUUUUGAGUGCGGCUUAUUUAUGAACCAUUUUGCAUGUAAUGAAAUGGUGGCUUAUUUUCGUUAUUGUUUAUUAGGAAUUCGUGACUAUAUAUGUUCUUUAUCUAAUGACAAUGUAUGUACGUACAAGUCAUAAAUAAAAUACAUGUUCAGUUCUGUUCUGUUCUUUUUUUCGAGACCGGCUUAUUUUCAAAACUGUCGGCAUUUUUCGGGAUUUCAGGGUAUAUUGUUUUCAGUUUGAUAGUUUGCUUGUGAUAAUUUUAUGAUUGUUUUUACCUAUAUAACCAUAAAUGUACAUAGUAUGUUUGCCAAGUCAUGAUCAACAAUUAGGUAAAAUGUUCCGUCUUAUCGGUAAAAUUAUCCCCCUUGAAAUCACCUGGCUGUGCCAUAUCGAUUUUUAUCUGGUUGAUAUUUUCCAAUAGAAACAAAGAAGGAAAAAAGUUUGAACAAAUAUUGUUUUAAUUAGAAUGAAUACACAAUAUUUAUUAUCCUAUUGAAGUUUUCGUCAUUCUUUUCUCUUUACAAAGAUAUAAAAAAAAAAUUAUCUAAAAUGAAGAAUUAAUGCUUCCCUUGGCGAUUAAAAAACAUCACUAUCAGUCUCUGUUUACGGCAUGUUGUUACUGAAUAAAUAAGCAAAAA